AUGGCUGAAGAGUCAAUAGCCAGGGUGGUUGUGAGAAAGUUCGACCCUAUUAAAGACAGAGAGAGAGUGGAAGCGGUUGAAAGGAGUUGUGAAGUUGGACCCAGUGGCAAGCUUUCUCUGUUCACGGACUUGCUCGGUGACCCGGUAUGCAGGGUUCGCCACUCACCUGCUUUUCUCAUGCUGGUGGCGGAGAUAGGCGACGAAAUAGUAGGAAUGAUAAGAGGUUGCAUAAAAACGGUCACGUGCGGAAAAAGGUUCUCAAGAAACGGAAAGCACAACAACACUGAAGCUACAAAAGGGAAACACGUUCCAGUGUACACCAAACUCGCCUACAUAUUAGGCCUCCGCGUUUCCCCUAAUCAACGGAGAAUGGGAAUAGGAUUGAAACUAGUGCACGAAAUGGAGGCAUGGUUCAGAGGUAAUGGAGCUGAAUACUCGUACAUGGCAACGGAAAACGACAAUUUAGCGUCCGUUAAGCUCUUCACCGACAAAUGCGGGUAUUCAAAGUUCCGUACUCCGUCCAUCCUUGUCAACCCCGUUUUCGCCCACAGAGCCAGAGUGUCCCCAAAGGUCACUAUCAUUCCUCUCACUCCCUCUCACGCUGAGGCUCUCUAUCGUAACCGCUUCGCCACCACAGAAUUUUUCCCGCGCGACAUUGACUCUGUUCUGAACAACAAGCUUAGCAUCGGGACCUUCCUUGCAGUUCCACGUGGGUCCUACAGCGCCGAGGCAUGGGCCGGGCCAGAUCGUUUCUUGUCGGACCCACCUCACUCUUGGGCUAUGAUCAGCGUCUGGAACUCCAAGGAAGUGUUCACGCUCGAGGUGCGUGGCGCGUCGCGCGUGAAGCGGACGCUGGCUAAGACGACGCGCGUGGUGGACCGGGCCUUGCCGUGGUUGCGGUUGCCGUCGAUUCCGAACUUGUUUAGGCCGUUUGGGUUUCAUUUCAUGUAUGGGCUUGGAGGGGAGGGCCCAGAGGCUGUGAAGAUGGUGAGGGCCCUGUGUGGGUUCGCGCAUAACCUUGCCAUGGAACGUGGGUGCACGGUGGUGGCUACGGAGGUGUCCACGCGCGAGCCCUUGAGGUUCGGGAUACCCCACUGGAAGAUGCUGUCUUGUGAGGCUGAUUUAUGGUGUAUUAAGAGGCUGGGUGAGGAUUACAGUGAUGGUUCCGUUGGUGACUGGACCAAAUCUCCCCCUGGCGUGUCCAUUUUUGUUGACCCCAGAGAGGUCUAA